UGGGUUUUCCCCGGGUCCGGCUUCCUCCCACAGUAAGACCCCUGGCCGCCAACAAGCUUGAUUUAGAUAAGUUUAUACAACUUGUUUAGCAAUUGUGUUGUGGUAAAAUAAAUAAAGUUUACCUAAAAGCUAGACCCGCACGUGUCAUAAUCCAAUGAAAAAUCUGCACACACAUAUAUACAUAUAUACGUCCCUGUUCCUUUCCCUGUACAAUUGUUGGUGAAGUAUUAUUUAACAUGUGUAAAAACCCGUAUCUCUGCAUAUAUAAUCAGUAUUUUUUCAUUCGGGCCUCGUCAUUUCUCGCUGGUUAACAAAUUUUCAUGACAUAGAUUAAUUUUAAACCUUGACAGUUGGUCACAAGGUAAUGCUUACAUUCUACAGAAAAAAAACUCAACUCGGUGUAUAUAAAUAAACAAAUGUAAUCUUCCCAAUACGUGUGUCAGAUAUUCAAAUUUCCUGUUGGCGAGGCCUGCGGUUGGCUGGCGAGGUCAGAUAUUACAAAGGCCCAUGGAAUUUCUACCUAUUCAAGAUGGAUACAGUGAUCGCCGUGUGAACGAAACUGCCCCGUGUGUAACAGGUUGUUGUGCUAGCUGGUAUGAAUGAAACAGUCUCGGGUCAUGACCUCGGCCCCAAUAAUCAGCGGGCAGAAUUUGGUACAAACUUAAAGGUAGUCUCCAUAUUUGCGAAGUUUUCCAAUAUAGAAUGGUCAGUUUAAACAGUAUAUCUGAAAAAUAAAUUUCUACUCCGUAUCUAAACGAGUUUUGAUUAAACAAGAUAACCACAAGUGUGUAUUGUGCUUGCGUUUCAAUAACGAUCUAUGGGCGGAGUCGUAUGCUCACGAGGCAGCGAUUUGAUUGGUUGGAUUGUUAUCAAUGGGCGUGUCUGUAGAUGUCUGACAGUUUCGUUCAUUCAAGUUCGCAGAUCGUAGCGACAACGUGUAUACCAUUCAUUCGCCUUGCGUGGGAAUACAUGUGCUAAAAGCUAUCUCCGUUGUUCAAUUUGUGUAGUUUGUUACUUUUUCACUCACGAACGGAUUACUUCAGUUACUAUAUAGAUUCAUAAUGGCUUUUGAGACCUUGAUUGUCUGUGGAUUAUUUACCCUGGUUUUGGGAACACAGCAGCACGUUCCCACGUGCAAAUCUUCGCAAUACUUGGAAAAGAGUUUGAACGUGUGUCGACCCUGCACUCAAUGUCCAGUAAACGAAGUUAUCCGACGUCCCUGCGACAAAACCCGGGAUACUGUGUGUGGGCCUUUCAUCGAAUUCGAUGAGUUUCACCAAGCGCCUUUCAUCAAUCUUUUACCAAGCAAGAACAAUAUUUCACAGGAAGUGUUUGUGACCAAUGAGUUAAAUAUUGACGUAAAUACUCCAAAUAACGACCCCUCGGACGUCCGGGGACAGGCGCCGAUCACCAUGAAGAACGGGAAAUGGUACACUUUGGCCAUGGCACUUCUCGGAGUUUUGUCCUUCGUAUCUCUCUUCGUCAUCGUCUACAUCAUCCUCGUCUGUUUCGUCUGCAAGAAACGACGCGAGGAAAAAGAAAUCAUCUAUGAUCCUGAAAUGUGCACUCCUGCGCCGUCACCGAUGCAGACGUAUUACCCCCCACGUAGUAAGAAGGUUGCGUCGGCCGACGUGGAGGAGAGCGACGAUAGUGCCGGCGGUGGCCGCAUGAUUGUUCUGCCAAAUAUCUACAUACCAUUCGCCAGUCAGGACUGUGAUUAUGACGCGGACAACAGCGGACAGACAGUAUCUUCUGGAUCCACAAACUAUGUCUAUUUCAAGGCGCCAACUUCAUCGUAGUGAAAAACUGAUGUGUGGAGUUUUAAACUAUUUUGUAACUCGUGCGUUUCAGCGGUACAGGACGUACUGAACUGGGUUAAGAUUUAAAUUAUGAAAGGAAACAGAUUUUCAAUAUGUGACGUUUUUAUGGAAAUAUAUAAUUAUUUGGUGCUACCAUGGAAACGAGAGCUUGUUUAGAAAUAUUGCCGCGGUCAAGUGAAUGGCUGUGGGUGUGUUCGCUCCGGACAUCUUGUGGUCAUCUAGUCAAUGGAAAGAACGCCUUCUCCCAAAUGACCACUGUUCUCCGAUACCCACAAUCAAACUGACCAAGAAAAUUUAUUCCAGCAAUGAUCACGAACGAAGGUCCCAGCAGGAAAGUACACCAGCGAUGCCAGGUCCUCUGUGAAAAGGAUGUACUUUCAAUAUGCGAGAGUUCUGCAAUAUCAAAUUCCUCAGAGGCCCAGGAACGUCAGUGAUCAAGACUUCUGGAACUCUGUUGAAGUGUCAUGGGCGAUAUACGUUUCUGGAAUAAAACAUUCUAACAUGGAUCCAUUAAACUCCUACUAAAAAUAAAUAAACUGGCGAGACAUUUCAACAAGGACUUUGGGUGUGUGAUGAUUAUAUAAUUUUAAUUUUGUGUUGUUGAGUUUUGUAACAUUAAUAUGUGUAUAAGUGUGUUUUGACUCUUUACGUUUUGAUUAUUUGAAAUCCAGCCGGAUUUUCUUCGACUUCCGAUUCGUUUCGGAUGAUUUUCCUUGUUUGAUUUAGAUAAAUAUAUUGACCAAAGGGACCAGAAUGUCUCGAUUGAGAUUCCAAAGAAUACUUAUGUACGCUACGUCUGUGAUUCUCCAUAUUGUAUUUAUUGAUUCUUCAUCUUUUUUUUUCUAUUUGAAAAUGAUGCAAACAAUGCAAAAAGUUUGUAAUUAUAAAAUACUAAAAGAAAUA